AUUGGAAUGAGGAAUCCCAGGCCGGAAGAGUCGACUUUGAUGACCGCCGUCGCCAACAUCACGAUAAGUGGAAGCCAUGCUCAUCCAACUCACAUCGUCGUAGGCCGUGCUUCUUGUCAUCUGAUCAUCCAUAGCGUGAUGAUGAUGAUGAUGAGAAUGCCGCCGUGGCUGGUAGUGGUGGUGGCGACUGGUGAUCAUGAUCAACAACAGGAUGGUUGUGGUGAUCUUGCAAUUUGGCUGCAGCUUGCGGGCCCCUGUUGAAAUCAACGCUGGAUAAUUUUGGAUAGAGGAGAUGCGUUGCUAAUGGGUUUGGGGAUUUGGAAGAUGCAUUUGCCUUGUGUUGAACAUCGGCAAGGUCUUGGAAAGUAAGAUUGACCGAAUCAUCUGGGAUUCCCAGGUAGAGUUGUUCAAGCUCCAUUCUUGCUUUAGCCAAAGUUUUCAACUCUUCCCCCAUCAAUAUAUGGAGUACAGUAAA